AACAUGUGAAAAUGUGAUAGGCAGAACACCACGAAGUUACAGAUUGGAAACUAGCGCACUUAAAAUACAGUAUUUUAGUAGACGUAUACUUUACUAUCAAACAUCAGGCAGAUAAAAGGACAACAACAACAACAACGACAAAAACUGCACUAUAUAAUUUAGCGUCUCUAUUGGCACUCUUCGGGAAUGGUUCUAGCGGCGUCGUGUGAAACACUGAACUGGCAACACUGGUCGGGGGCGCGUAACAUCAUGACGUAACACGCAAGCGAUCAUCGAUGUUACGCGCCGGAGUUCGCUUCCGUGCUACCACCCAUAUGCCGGUCUCCGCGCGUGCCGCAUAUCCGUCAGCUAUUGCACGUUGCAUCUGAGGACAUUGCACAGCGAGGUUGCAAUAGUGCGUGGACCGUGCAGUGUAUUCGACGCGUAUUUUAAUGCCUUGAUAAGAUUAAUAACCCCGACUCCUGUGGCUGCUGCGUGAGGAGCGAGCGCCGUCCCCAUCAUGGCGGAGUGGAGCGAGGAUGAGGUCCUACGGUUCAUCAGCUUUUACCGCGAGAAGAGAGUCCUGUGGAAUCCGAGGAAUCCAAACCACUCUAACAAGUUCCUUCGCCACGAGGCGUGGGUCGACCUCGCUUCGAAGACGGGGAAGUCAGUGGAGGACUGCAGGAGGAAGAUGACGUGCCUGAUGUCGUCCAUGAGGAGGGAGAAGGGCAAGAUGAAGAGGGCUGGGAAUGCCAAAGAGCCUGAUGAAGUCUACGUAAGUCCAUGGUUUGCCUUCGGGAGCUUGCAGUUCCUCUGGGAGAAGGACAAACCUCGGGAAAUAAGCACAAUUACUGAGAGGGAACAAGGACAUAAAGCAUACCCUAGGGAAGAAGACCAACUUACCUUCGGCUCAGGAGACACAGGCGUUGCUGAAAGUGCACCCAAUUCCUUGCCAAAAGUUAAAGCAAGAAAGAAGAUCAAGCUACAAGAUCAACGCUCAGACACAGCCUCCCAGAUUUUUACUCCGUAUGCACCAAGCUCUUCAGACGAUGAGACACAAGAUUUUGCAAACUUUGUUGCUAAGAAAAUACGAAAAUAUGACAGUUUAACUCAGUCUGCAGUCCAACAUGCAAUAAUGGUAAUUUUGCUCAACACAGACAUGAGCUUACACCAGGAGAAGCAAUCCAGCGCUCAGGCUAGUCCAAGAAAUUCGUAUAGUGCACAUCCACUGUUUGCAGAAACUCCUAUUUCUGGCAUGAACUUGUCUUCUAUGAUACAUCGCAACCAACCCCCACCUGCAUUUGACACCCCUUCUACUUCCUCGACAACGCAGACUAAAGGAGAAUGUGUGCUUUCUCCUAGUAAUUCAGAAGAUGAAUUCCAUUUACAGGAAGCCAUUACCUAAUUAUAUUUCGGUUGUACCUGUAAAGCCCUAAUAUUUUAUUUGGGUUGCAAAAUGUAAUCUCUUCUUUGAAUAUA